AUGACCCAUCACGCGAAUAUGUGCGAAAUACAUGCAACAGAGUAUGCGCAUGCUAUCAAGAAAUUACAGGAACAGCGGCCUAAGAAGUCGACGAUUUGGACGAAACUAACCCGCCGCGUGGAUAACGACGCAACAGAGAACUUAAGCAUGCGGCGCGCGUAUAAGGGCUUGAAAGGGCUCAUGACUGGUGACUAUUUGCACGAAUUCACCUUGAAUCAAGGAACUGACAAUCAGCUAGGGCACUCCAAGCCAGCGCCUUUGGAGCAGACCGAAGCGCCACGUAGACGUCAGCUGUGGCAGCCACUGAAGCGCAUCUGGCAAAAGAAUAGCAAAAGAACCAACAAAGGUCGACCGCUCUACAGAAAGAUAUCGCAAUAUAGCCAGAAAUCGAAUGGCCGUGGUCGCAUGGAAAUGGCGCCGAGGGUGACCAUCGCAGAGGAAGAAGACGACCCGCGCUGUUCGGAAGAAUCGAAGCCAACAGAGUCCCAGACUUCACUACUUCCACAAAAUUUCGAGCUAUUUACUGGACCAUCAGAGCUGCCUCAAAGCGAUCUCUUCGUACGCACCCGUUCCCCCGCGGCCCUCUCCAUGACUGCGACUGUUGGAGAAAGCUCACCGGUUAAGCGGCAAGGAAUACACAAAGAGCUUCCAAAACUUUCGGUUUCACCCUCCGUGGACCACUCUACACCCGUACCAAUGCGUGACCAGGUAGAGUCGCCGUCCACGAUCACCACUUCUGAUGCUGUACUACGAGCUGUCUUGUCGCCGCCACUGAAUCCCCCACAAAAGCCCACUUUCGUCGAAAUCGAGCCUUUGCUUCAGGAGCAACGUGCAGUCUCAUCAGACAUGCCGAUAGUCGCCAGACAUGAAGCCACCAGAACUCUACCAGAAAGCUCUCCUAGAGCCAACUAUCAUCAAGAUUCGGUCUCUUCCUCUGUCUCCAGCAUUCAGCCGCCAGCCGUACAGCACAGGGUCACUCCCUCAGAGCGUGCAGAAUACGAUCGCAUUGUCCGUGUAUUCUUCCGGCAACAUGCAACUCGCAUCCCAAUACCCACUGCAUGGCGCUCGAACACCUCGCGGGUGUACUUGUUCCGUGGCCCAUCGUCGCCGUAUCGCAAUGUGGUAACAGCUCCAGUGACAAGUUCCAGUUCUAGCACAACUGCUUUGUCUGCGAACACGAUAUUCGCAACGGAGCCAUCGAGACGAACUCCGAGCCCACGAACUAGCACAACUACCCCUGAAGCCGUCUCGACACUGCGAGAUAUCGUUGCGCGUCAUGCGAUGCGCUUUUCUACCGGUUUUACCGAAUCUAGUAGUGAGCAAGAAGCUCACAACACUACGGUACCGGAAUCAGACUACGAAAGCGCACGUCCAGGUAGUGCUCUAAACCCGGCAGAACUAACCGGCAGCGCCGUCCCCAGUCCUCCUCUUCCCGCCAGAAAUCCGGGCAGGAGACUAGCCAUCAGCCUCCCUGUCCCCCGAGGGAGUUUCGAGAGCGAGUUCUGGACCGGCGAGCCCAGAAAGCGACGCCGACUUCCUGAGGACGACAGCGAAAUUGCUGUUCCCAGACCGCAGACGGCGAUUCCGGUACGUCAGGGUGUCAACACACAUGCUGGUCGUUCCAGAUUUUCGAGGACGAUUCCACAGGACCGCGUGUCUGACCUACUAGCGGUCGGACGUUCAGUCACGCAUGAGCCUUCGCGCAUCCCGCAGUUUGGCGGACCAAGUCGCGCCAGACUUCUCCAGCCGGUGGUGGUAGAUGAAGGGGUUACGAGCAGUGCAGAGAGCGAAGGUCCGGUUCUGACGCCUGCGAUGUCCCGCGAGGAAGAGAUAUCGAGGCGGAUUGCUAAUAUUAAGAGGAACCCGAGCGCGGCAAGAAGGCCGCUUACGCCUGGUGAUGAUAGAGCAAGUAUCAUGUCGGGUGAUGAGAUUUGGUAUGAGGCGUCUCAUGUGGCGGUGGUUGAUGAGUCGGUGCAGUGA